AUGAUGACCCACGAUUAUCUUUUUAAAUAUAUCUUGGUAGGAGAUCCAGGUAGGAUUAAAUAUAUAUACAAAAGGGGUUGGUAAAACCUCCGUCAUGCUUGAAUUAGUAGGGAAAAGAUUCGGUUAGGUAUAAAAAGAUCCAUUAGGAGAGGAAUUUGGAACAAAAUUUAUACAGAUUGAUGAUCUUUAAAUAAAGUUACAACUUUGGGAUGAUUUGUGGUCAUUACGAUAUAAAAGUAUACCGACAUCAUUUUAUCGACCAGCUGCUGGAGUUUUGGUUGUUUAUGAUGUAACAGAGUAAAUGAUUUAUUACUAUAUUCUUAGGAGAUAGUCCUUUAAGAAUGCUGAAUUAUGGAUUCAAGAAGUUAAGGAUCAAGGAAGUUAGACCAUGAUCAUGAUUUUGGUUGGCAAUAAAACAGAUCUAGAGUCUAAGAGAUAAGUGGCAACAGAGGAAGGAUAGUAAUUGGCUACGGAAUAAAAUAUUUUGUUUAUUGAAACAAGUGCAAAAGCAGGAUACCAUGUUGAUGAUACUUUUUUUAUGAUUUCUAAAGAGAUAAUCCAAAAGCUGAAAAGCAACUAAAUCGAUUUGCUCAACAAGGUGUAAAAAUAAAUUAGACAUCUAGAAUUGUGGAAUUUGGAAGGGUAAUAAUGUUUAAAACUAAAAUACAUUGCUAAAUUAAGGGGGUAAUAGGAGAUGGCUAGGAGGGUGUUGUUGAAUAAUAUCAAUUUAUUUGUUUUACAAACAAAUUUUGA